UCGCCAACACCCUAUCCAGCGCCGCCUCCUCUCCCUACCGAACUACGCAGGCGCCCUGACACUCCCGUUUCCCAAGCUUUUAUCCCUUCGCUGUAAUUCUUUCCUUCGUUUGUAACCACCGGACAUUACGACAAUAAAAGGCGGGACAGAAACGCAAAGGAUGAAUUCUCUUCCUGUUCUUCUGGCCUGGCUUGCUUUGUCCGCGAGCGUGCCGCCUCCAUCAAAAAGCCAAUGAGAGCGCGCUGGUCUCUCUGGCGGACUUGCAAAUAUUUCAUCUCAACUUUAACUGAUGAUUGGUUAAUCUGUUCUUGGUGAUAAACUGUUUUGGAAUGUCUGCUGCAGCCAUCACAUCAGUAGAUGAGGUCCCAUCACUUUUGUGGGGUUUGAAUCCCGUCUUUUCAUCUUCUGCAAGAUUAUACAUUAAAGACAUAUUAGAAAUGAAUGAGUCUAAACAGGUUCCAGGCAUAUUCUUUUACAACAAACAUCCAAUAAGACAAGUGGAUAUUUUUGGCACAGUGGUUCUAAAAAAAGAAAAAGAUGCCUUUUAUAUUUAUGGAGUGGAUGAUAGCACAGGUGUAAUAAGCUGCACCUGCUGGAAAAAUGCUUUUGCAGAAAAGAAAAAAUUGCCAGAUUUUGAAUCUCAGCCUAGUACUUUAAGUGGCCUGAAUCUAACUGACUUGGUAAGAAAUCUCCAAAUAGCAAUUCACAAAAAAAUGAGGCUGGAAAUUGGUGAUCUAAUCAGAGUCCGUGGUUGCAUUCGAAUUUACAGGCAACAGCGGGAAAUCAAGGCCUCCAUGUACUAUAAAGUUGAUGAUCCUAUGUAUGAAGUUCAGAUUUCCAGGAUGCUAGAACUCCCCAGUCUAUAUAGGGAUAUUUAUGAUAAGGUAUUCCAAUUCCCAGAAGACACACAGAGUAAUCAUGGUGCAUCAGAUGAGCUGGGUUCUAUUAUGAUACUGAGUAAAAAAAUAAGAGACUUUCUGUUGAGGAACAAGAUUCAGAGCUUCUAUAAGCAGGAAUUAGAAACAGUUGAGGAUUUGCUAUUGUUGGCCAGAGAGGAUGGUCUCAGUACCGCUGUUGAGCAAGCAGAUUCCAAAGCUGGUUGCUGCUCCAGACUGAUUAGGGACUCAUUCAUGGAAGCAAUAAAGUUGUUGCAGAAAAAUGGUGUUCUUUUUCAGAAAUCAAAGACUCCCCAAAAUAUGUAUUACGUUACUGAACAGGAUACAGAAUUGCACAAAGUAACUCUUGAAGUUAUCAGAGCUGAUUGUAAGAGACCAAAAUAUGCUGAAAAAGGGUGCCACCUCCGUCACAUACUCAGUUGUAUUCAGCAAAGCUAUAAUCCUUGUGUCACUGAAGCUGUUGUCCGUUGUCUCCUUGAUUGGUUGGAGAUCAACAGUGAAGUUGUCACUACCAUGGAAGAAUACUACACAGUCUUUUAAUCUAAGAAAUACCAUGGUUGUCUGGAGUCAAACAUUAUCCACUGAUCUCUGCAACAUCAGAUUUUACUGUGUACCUGCUAAAACAUUUUUCUAAUUUAGAAGGUGAUGCCAGAUAAAAAUCAUUUUAUUUUGUGAUAUUCCCAGUAAAUAUUGUUCCCAGUAAAUGUUGUUACUGUUUGCAGGGCAAACAAUAACAUGUUACCGUUUUUUAAGGGCAGGAGGUACUAAGCACUGAUGUAAAAUUAGGCUGUGAAUGCCCUCUUGUGGUUGGAUAGAAGAAAAAAGAACAAACCUUUCCUUUGGACCACAUAGAUCAAAAGAGAGGAAGUAUGUAAAAGGAAGAACAGUUUGAUUUGUUUUAACUUUACUGCCAGAGACCAACAACACAAAAUUACAGUUUCAAAAAAGACAAUACAGAAAAGUGAAGAUGAUAAAAGGUAAAACAAAAUAAAAAAUAAUAUGUAGAAAUGACUAAGUUGAUUUAUCCAUGCCAUGAGGGGAAUAAGCAUGUAGGAUGUUUAAUAGUUACUAGCUGAGAAAUCCAAACCUUUAGUCUCCCAUUACCAAUUGCACAAAAUGUUACUACCUUUCUGAAUAUUUAGUAUCACAUCAAUCAAAAGAAAGAGCCAGUUUGGUGUAAUGGUUAAGGCAUCAGGCUAGAAACUGGAAGACUAUGAGUUCUAGUCCUGCCUUGGGCAUGAAUCCAGGUGGGUGACUUUGGGCCAGUCACACACUCUCAGCCCUAGGAAACAGGCAAUGGCAAACCACUUCUGAAACAUCUUGCCAAGAAAACUGCAGGGACUAGUCCAGACAGUUGCCAGGAGUAAAAAACUGACUUAAAGGUGCAAUCAAAAGAAGGCAAAUUUUCUCAUAGGACCAGCCACAACAGUUUAACUACAGUGGUGUUAUGAAGGCUCUGCACUCAGUUAUGUAAAAUGGACAGCACACAAUAAAAUACGAAUAACAGACUGAAUGCCCCUCAGUACACGGGCACAUAAUCUAUGCAUAUCAGCAUAGAAGAUAGGGAGUUAAAUCUCACCAGGGAGAAAACUUGACACACUCAAGAUAGUUAUUGAAUAAUUUGUGAAUAUAAUUGUUGACUAUUCCUCAUUUAGCAGAGAAUAGUAUUCUGGACACUGUGAAGGAUAUCAAAGAUUCAUUGUUUCAGUUCUGCAUUGGAUUGGCUCCCUCAAAACCUAUUAAACUGAGAACCUUUGUUGUCUAAAA